AUGGAGGGGGCGAGCGAAUCGAGUGACGAAGACGAUGGCUUUGCAGACCUCGCCUCUGAUGAUGACUUCGACUCCGAGGCUUCCUUCUCUGAUGAGAGUAACGAUGAGUCGAGCGACGGCGAAGACGGAGGUGAUAAGGCUGAAAGGCUUCACGAGGAGAGGUUGAAGGCUAGGAGGAAGAGAGAGCAGGCCGAGGAGGCUCAAGAAGCGCAGACUUCAAAGCGGAAGAGGCUGCCUGUGCGAGAUGACGACAGCGAGGGCGACAGCUCGGAAGGUUCAACUUCGGCGAAGCCGGAGAAGAAAAAGAAGAGCAGGGCAAUCCAUGCAGUGCAAGUCGCGGACGCUCCCUCAUCGGAAGAGGAAGAGGAUCUGGAAGAGCUGGAAGCUCAAAGGCGAGCUCAACAGCAGCCACUCUCGACGAUCACCAGUGGAGCUCGGUUCGGUCUACAGGCCCCGUACUCGAUCAUGCUGCUCAAGCCUAGGAGCGCUCGAGUUGCUGCUGCCAGGGAGCAGAUUGCCCGGCUCUCGACAGACAUUGUAGGAGACCCGGAGGUCUCAAUCGGUCUGCUUCGUCGGUUAUCUGUGUUCGCCCAGAGCACAAUCGCUCGACCGGAGCACGACUCUAUGGCACGUGAAAAGGGCUUGCCUACUAAGAUCGAGGUGGACGAUGCCAUUCGCGGAGCAGCACUGCUGUCUCUGACUGCCGUCUACGUAGAUGUGCUGCCGGGCUACAGGAUCAGGGCGCUGACAGAAAAAGAAAAGGAGGAGAAGGUCAAUCAGGAGACGCAGAGGAGGCGAGAUUACGAGCAGGGGCUUGUAGACGUCUAUCGGACACAUUUAGAGACUUGCGAGAAGGUUUUGAGAGACAAAUCGCAAAUCUCUUCGAUCGCCUUGCGAUCCAUGAGCAUUCUUCUGACACGAGCAACCCACUUCAACUAUCGUACCAAUCUCACUGGUGCCCUCGUCUCGCAGCUUUCUCGUCGGUCCUGGAGUGCCGACUCGCAGCUCUGCGCAGACAGCCUGAUCGAAGUACUGAAGCGUGACCUUGGCGGGGAAGUGAGCCUGGAGGUAGUGCGCCUGCUGAACCGCAUGAUCAAGGAGCGACACUACAAGAUCAACGCCAAGGUGCUGAACAUCCUCCUCCACCUCCGACUCAAAGAUGAGCUGGGCGGCAGACGCUCAGGAACCGUCUACGCCGACCGGGUCAAGAAGGAUUCGGAUGAAGCUGCGAACAAGAAGAAGUUCCAGUCGGGCAAGGGCAAGGCUAAGCCUCGCGAUGUGAGAAAGGGCAAAGGGGAGCACUUGAGCAAGACUCAGGUGAAGAAGAUGCGCGAGGUCAAAGAGGCCGAGAGAGACAUGAAGGAGGCCGAGGCGGAGAUUGACAAGGAGGAGAGAGACCGCAAUCAGACGGAGACGCUCAAGCUCCUUUUUGUCCUCUACUUUUCCAUCCUCAAGGCUUACGAGGCACCGGGGCCGCUACUUGGAGCUGCGCUAGAGGGUCUGGCUCGCUUUGCCCACCGCGUCAACGUCGACUUUUUCCGAGACUUAUUGGCUGUGCUCCGCAAACACGAGCCCGUGCAAGACGAUCUGCGCAAGGCUCUCUUGUGUCUAGUGACUGCCUUUGAGCUUCUGAGCGGCCAGGGAGAAGCACUCAAUAUCGAUCUCUCGGACAUGGUGGGUCAUCUCUACUCGGUGAUGCUCCCACUCUGCUCUUCUCCCUCCAUCGAGGAGGUCCCCAUCGUCGUAGGCCAGUCCAUCGCCCAAACCACAGGCAACAGCAGCAGUCCCAACCUGCUUCUGCGCGCCGUAGACCUCUGCCUACUACGUCCACGGCUGAGCGAGCUCCCUUCGGAGCGCUCCGCAGCCUUUGUCAAGCGCAUGCUCGUUUGCGCUCUGUACACUCCUGCCAAUACAGCUCUACGUCUACUAGGCGUGGUACGCUCCAUGAUUGGUAAGGAUCCCAAAUUGGAGGCAUUACUGGAUACAGAGGAUCGGGCAAAGAAUGGACGGUAUGAUCCAUUGGGAGAAGAUGUUGAGGCGGCUAGACCCUUGGGUGCGGGAGAGGUGGCGUGGGAGCUGCAUUUGCUUGCACAGAAUAUCAGCAAUAUCAUCAAGCCCUCGCCUAUCACGCUAUAG